GAUAGGGAUACAAUAAUUUGCAAAUGGUUGAUACAUUUUGAAGCUUUCUAAGUUCCAAAAAUACACAACACAAUAUUGCUAUAAUUGAAACUUGCUGUGGAUAGGAACACAUCAGAACAAAGGUAAACAACCAUACAUAAAUUAUAUAAUAUUCACCUUUAACUAAUCAAAAUGAGUGAUGAAUUGCAAAACUACCAACUCCAACUGCAACAAGUCGAGGCAGCCUUGCUGACAGACCCGGAUAACCAAGAGCUUCUGAAGCUGAAGAUCGAUCUGAACGAGGUAAUAGAUUUGACAUUAGACUUAAAGAAUAAAGCCGAAGAGGCUGCCAAUCAGCCGGAAUACACAGAACCAGUUGGUGUAGCAGAGGACGAUGAGAUAACGAAAAGCCUUCUAGCCGUAGAACAGUUUGUUGCCAAAAACAAAACGAAAAAGAGAUGGAGGAUUGGCGACAUCUGCAUGGCAAAGUGGAACGAUAACGGCCAGUACUACGAAGCCAGAAUAGACGCCAUAAAUCCAGACGGACAGGUAAAUGUUACAUUUGAAGCUUAUAAAAACAGGGGCGUCACUACUUUAGCCGAACUCCGUGAAUUCACAGGUCAGAAACGAGUUCUGUCCGAGGCAGAAAAGUUGAAAAAGGCAAAAUUACACAAUAAAGAGUACUUGAAGAAGAAGAAACAGAAAAAGCAGCAGCGGUUUAAGGAACUCGAGGAGGAGCGCGAGUGCGAGAAGAAAAAGUGGUUGGCGUUUGCCAACAAAGCGAUUAAAAAUAGAAAGACAGGACUUAAAAAUAAAAGUAUCUUUGCUUCGCCAGAUUCCGUGAACGGUAGAGUCGGCAUCGGUACUUGCGGAAUCAGCGGGAAGCCGAUGACGGAAUUUACCACCGCAGAAAAGUGGAGAAAAGGUGUGUAAACGGACAAAAUCAAAUUUUGUAUAGUGCAAAUUUUAAACCGGUGUAUCAGAACUUAACAUUCUUUUGUAUAAAAAUAACUUAGUUGAUAGCUUUCACCGUAAUCUAUUUAAGAUGAAUUGUAACUUAAAUCAAUACAUUCUCGUGAACUGAA